AUGAGGUUGAAUGUAGUUUCUUUAUUGGUUUUCGUUCUGAUUCUAUGGAUUGGUAGAGUAAAAUGUGAAAUUUCUGAACGUUUCUUGAAGGAUUUUUUGUUAAAUGAAAAAAUACCUACAACAAUUUCAUUACUAAAUUGUCGCCCAGAAUUUUUGGUUAGAAUUGCAAAAAUUUCUAACCUUUCGAUUAUAGUGAAUCCAAAAGCUUUCCUUGAACCAACGUAUAGGACGAAUGAUAUUCUCAAUAUCGUGGAUUUAGAUUGUCCUUCAGCGAGAGAUAUCCUUUUAGAAAUUCAUCACAUCAUAUUGGCUCAUCCAACACGUUGGCUCCUCUUCACAAAUCUCAACGGUGCUAAUGAUCACAAGAAACUCCUUGAAAAAAUACCUUUGAGACUUGAUAGCAACGUUAUCCUUGCUGAAGCAAUGAAUGCAUCCGCAAUUUCUAUGAAACAUGUUUAUAAGAUUAAACCCACGUUGGAAGUAAUAUCUGAGGAUUAUGGCAACUGGAGUGUUUCCCAUGGUAUUCAUGUUAGUCGUCCCGGUGUAGUAUUGUUUAAGAGCCGUAUGAAUCUCCAUAGAAAUCCUCUUACAGCAUCAAUUGUUAUUACAAACAAUGAUACCUUCAAUCAUCUCACUGAUUACAGGAACCGUCACAUUGACUCCAUCACAAAGGUGAAUUAUGUAUUGACUAAUUAUCUUUUCGACAUCGUGAACGCGACCCGAAGGUUCCGAUAUCAACCCGUCUGGGGCACUAAGAAUAGGAGCAACGGCCACUGGGACGGAAUGGUUGGCGAUUUAUUGGAUGAUAAGGCAGAUUUAGGGGGAACAUCAUUGUUUAUGACCACAGAACGUGUCCCCAUUAUAGAUUACAUUUCUAUGACAGUCCCUACCCAUGCAGCCUUUAUCUUCCGUCCACCUCCACUUUCGUAUGUCGCAAAUAUCUUUUACCUGCCAUAUCAAGACUUGGUCUGGAUUUCAGCAAUGAUUCUCGUAGUGGUUUGUACCUUAGUCUGUUUCUUUGUAUGGAAAACUAGUGUUAAAAUGCAAGAAGAUUAUCGCCCUGACGACAUCCCAAGGUUGAGCGAUGUUGUCAUGAAUUCAAUGGGAGCUAUAACACAACAAGGGCAACAUAUGGACAUUGACAUUCUACCAGGUAGAAUAGCUUCCUUCUUUAUGUUUCUGGCUAUGUUCUUUUUGUACACAUCAUAUACAGCCAAUAUCGUUGCACUUCUUCAAUCCACAACAAGUAGUAUUUCUACUCUCAAGGAUCUUCUGGAAUCUAACCUAAACUUUGGAGUUGAGGAUAUUGUUUAUAAUCGCUAUUAUUUUAAAACUGCUACUGAACCCAUCAGGAAAGCCGUAUAUGAGACUAAAAUUGCACCACCGAACAAGAAGGACCGGUUCAUGGAGAAGAGCCUGGGGGUUGCAAAGAUGCGAGAGGGUCUCUUUGCCUUUCAUGCCGAGGUUUCGACAGCAUACAAAUUGGUCGAGGAAACUUUUUAUGAGCAUGAAAAGUGUGGUUUAAUGGAAAUUGAAUUUAUCCAAGUAACUGAUCCCUGGUAUGCCAUACAGAAAUUUUCACCGUAUAAGGAAAUUUUAAAAGUAAGCCUAUUCAAGAUGCGAGAACACGGUAUACAGGAACGUGAAGUAGGAAAAAUAUACUCAAAGAAACCCGAAUGCACGUCUAAAGGGCAAAAUUUUGGCAGUGUUCGUCUUAUCGAUUGCUAUGUCAUUAUCAUGAUAAUACUGACUGGUUACGGAUUGUCGAUUUUAGUAUUUCUGCUGGAAAAGUUAUUCAACAUUCGUCAAUGUGGAAUUUCCACAACAAUUUGUACACUCUAAUGAAAAUGUCCACAAGUUUGUGCUCUCUAAAACUUUAAAUUUAGCGAUAUGAGGCUUUGAGAUGCAAUUCAAUAAACCUUUCAAUAAAUAUUUCCACACUAAAUUUCAGCAAAUAUUAGUGAAAAUUGUUCAAAAUGUUGAGUGAGUUGAUUGGAUUAAUUUCUAUCUGGUUUUAUUCAGAGCAUAUCAUGAAGCUUUUUUUCACUAGAGUCGCUAGAGGUUUUAAACAGAAUGUUCCAGGCAAAAAAAGUUCACGCAAAUUUGUUUAUCAAAAUAAAUGACAUUUCACAUGCAGAAAUAGUAUGAAUUCUCUCGGAAUAUAGAACAAAUUUGCAAUGAGGGAUAUGAAAAGGGUAGUUUGGGAGAUUGUUUGUGACACGAGAAUGACUAAUG